AUGAACCUGAUCGUUCGAGAUGAUCCGGCUUCUCUGCCUGCUGUGUUGCAAGCUUGCUUUGGGAAGGAUGGCAACUUUACCAUCAUCGUGGAGGAGCCACGCGGAGAGGACACUUACAGUUCGGCAGGCCCUGCAGGCUCGGUGAAGCGCACGGAGUUCAAGGUCUGGGCCUCCCUCCUUGCGCAGCAGUCACCGGUUCUUGGGGCCCUGGUCUACUCUGACAAUUUCGAGGAAAGUCGGAAGGCGCAAGUGGUCAUCCGGGACUUCUCCGCUGGCGCCGUAGAGAGGUUCUUGCAGUUCUUGUACUCUGGAGUUGUGGAAGGCUCUCCUGGCAUGCUGGUGGAAGUAGCUGCCUUAGCAGACAAGUACCAGACGAAGAAGCUGCACUCGCUCUGCAUGCAAGCCAUCUGCGGGAAAGCACUCCAGCCCGAGAUGGCCUGCGAGAUCUUUGUUUCCGCGGGCCAUUUUGGGCUGCCUGACUUGCGCAUGGAGGCCUUUGAGCAGAUCCUGAUCUAUCCCGAAAAGGCCUUGAAGGCACGCCCGGCACUCUCACCGGAGCUCUUAGAGGAGAUCCUGCAGUCGGCUUAUCUCUGCGUAGAGGACAAGAGCCUUCGAGCUCUCCUCCGAGAUUGGGGCAAGUCGGGAAGCGACUCCUUGCAGCCCAUCAUCGAAGCUCAAAUCCACCGAACACACGUUCGCAACCCUGCGGCUUUCUGCAUGCACGUGCUGGGCAGCCUCUGGGAUCGCUAUAAUGAGACUGGAAAGAAGGGUGCCUUUCUUUGCUACUGGGUGCUGGUGAGCCUUGGACCCCGCCAAGCGCAGAUCAUCUCCAGUGAUGCGAAAGAGUUGCUGGACUUGGCUCGGGGCGACUGGAAGCGUGAGUUUUCAACAGGUUGGCUGCAGUGGCAGCUUCCCUACUCGCACGUUUACCUGAUGGGCUUCUGCUUCGUCAACGACAUUCCAGCAACGACGUCGUUUCGAAUCUGGUGCUCCAGCGACGGAGCAUCAUGGCACCAGGCCUAUGAGUCUGAAGGAAAGCAGAUCAAUGCGAACAGCUUCCUGGCUUGUAGCGGAGGAUCCCGUGGUCGGGUGAAGUGGUUCAGGCUCGAAGUCCUCAAAGGCGUUCUCUCCAAUAACCAAGGUCUCUAUGACUCUGGCUCUGGCUUCCGUAUCCGUGGUAUCUUGCAAGACGAGUGA